AUGGGGAAUCCGAGGGGUUUAGGGCUCCAUAUCACUUUCGUUACUAUUUUCUUGGUUGCCACUACAUAUACUUGUCUGGGUGCUCAAAAUACCAGUGUGGGAUGCUUUAAGAAAGAGCGUCUUGCUCUUCUCAAGUUCAAACAGAGUGUCAAAGAUGACCUUGACAUGUUGUCAUCAUGGGUUGGCAAUGAAUGUUGCCGGUGGGAAAGAAUCCACUGUGACAGCGUCACUGGGCAUGUUGAUAGUCUUCUUCUAAGGAGCAUGUCAUCUUCUUUCCCUCCCAAUCAGUACUACUUAGAUCCUGAACGCGAUUUCUUAGAUGGUAAUGAGCUGAAAUCUUCUUUGGCAGAGUUGAGGCAUUUAAAAUACUUGGACCUCAGUGGGAAUUAUUUUGGGGGAAGCAGGAUCCCUGAGUUCAUUGGAUCUUUCAAAAAGUUGGCAUACCUCAAUCUCUCGCAUGCUGGUUUUGAAGGUAUUAUUCCUCAUCACCUUGGAAAUCUUUCUAAUCUAAAGGUUCUUGAUCUCAGUUCAAACAUGGGGCUGGUGGUAGAUGAUAUGGCAUGGACUUAUGGCCUUUCUUCACUCGAGCAUCUUGACUUGAGUUCAUUGUAUCUUAGUGGAGUACACAACUUGCACUUGGUGUUUUUCAUGAUUCCUUCGUUAAAAAAGUUGAGUUUGUCAUAUUGUGGACUUUCCAAUGCUGAUAUUGGUCCUUUUCUUAAUUCGAGUAGAAUGCUUCCUAACAUCGAACACCUGGAUCUUGGUUUUAAUCAUUUCAGUGGUCCACUCCCUGGCUUUUUAAAAAAUAUGACAUCCCUAGCAUUCUUGGAUCUUUCACACUUUAAUUUUAGUUUAGCAUGGAACUUUGCAAACUUGCUAAACAUGAUCCCUUCUUUAUCAAAGCUGCGUUUGUCAAGUUGUGGGCUUGAUAAGACGUUUCUAUCACCCCUUCAUCUUAAUUUCAGUACACUUUCUAAUAUCCAACAUCUGGAUCUUAGCAGAAAUUUUCUUGAAGGCAUGGUUCCACCUGUUUUAACAAACAUGAGUUCCCUAAGUGUCCUUGACCUUUCAGGGAACAUAUUGAAUUCAUCGGUUCCUUUAAUGCCUAAUCUUCUAGAGCUUGAUGUUUCUUCUAAUGAGUUUAAGCAGAUUGAGCAGAUUGGAAUUUGGAGACUGUGUCGCUUGAAAAAAUUGAGUGCAUCAUUCAAUAAUUUUGAUAAAGAAAUGAGCCACGCCCCAAAAAACUCUUCAGAAUGCUGUCAAUAUGCUUUGGAGGGGUUGGAUCUAAGUUCAAGUUUAAAUGGUACAAUUCCAGAUGCAUUUGGAAGACUAGUCAAUUUAAGAGAAAUAGAUCUAUCAAGCAAUGGAUUGAUUGGUCCAAUCCCUGAAUCACUAAGAAGAUUAUGGUUUUUAGAAGUAUUAGAUCUAUCCAAUAACGAGUUAACUGGUCCAAUUCCGACAUUCCAGGGUAAACUUUGCAAACUUGACCUUUCUUAUAAUCAAUUGAAUGGUUCAAUUUCAGAAUCCCUUGGAAAAUUCGAAACCUUAACAAAGUUGUAUCUCGGAUACAAUCGGUUAACGGGGCCCAUCCCAACAUCUCUAGGGAGACUUGUUUCAUUACAAUCAGUUUCUCUGACUUGGAAUUUUCUAAAUGGGACUAUUCCAAUUUCAUUGGGGAAACUUGCCAAACUUCAUUCUUUAGAUGUCUCCAACAAUUCUUUAGAAGGAGUAGUUUUUGAAGCCCAUUUUGCCAACCAUUCGAUGCUCAAGUACUUGGAUACUUCUUACAACACUAAAUUGACAUUCAAUGUUUCACCCGAGUGGAUCCCUCCAUUCAAAUUGAUAGGUCUUCACCUUAGUUCUUGCAAUAUUGCAAAUGGAUUUCCACAAUGGCUUCGAAAUCAAAGAAAACUCAAGACAUUAGUAUUAUCGAAUGCUUCAAUUUCAGGACCUCUACCCACAUGGAUGCGGAAAAUGCCCAUCAUUCCUCUCAUAGAUCUCUCUCACAACAAACUCAACGGACCUUUGACCAACCUUCCUAAUGGGGGAAAUUUUGAUUUGACCGGAGAUGGAGUUACGGCGGCAUUAGAUGUGCAGAAUAACCUUUUCAAUGAGUCAAUUCCAAGGUCGUUAUGUAGAAGGAAAGAUUUAAACUAUCUUGAUCUGUCCAGAAAUAGGCUAAAUGGGAAAAUUCCAAAAUGUCUUGGGAAUAUGCAAGGGCUGCAUACCAUGAUAUUUAGUUCAAAUCGGUUGUCUGGUGUUAUUCCAAGCUCUAUAGGUCUUAAUUCAAGGUUAGAUUGGCUAGAUCUAAAUGACAAUAACUUUAUCGGUGAAAUUCCACGAGAAUUGGGGAAUUUAAGGGAGUUAAAUGUUUUAGAUCUUGGUGAUAAUAACUUUUCUGGAAAUAUACCUGAUUGGAUUGGAGAAAACAUUGCAUCUUUGAUGGUUUUAAGGUUACACAAAAAUAACUUCUCCGGAAGCAUUCCUCAGUCAUUGUGCAAAGCUUCAAAUCUUCAAAUUUUGGAUGUUGCAUAUAACAACUUAAUCGGAACAAUUCCUCGUUGUCUUGGAGAGCUCAAGGGCAUGAUUAAGGGUAGCAGAGCAGCGUUGCACGCUCAAAUGCUUAAUAUUGAUGAGAAUGUGAUCCAAGUCUUGAAAGGUUACGAUCGUGACUAUACACAUACCUGGAAAAUACUUUUUAACAUGGACCUUUCCAGCAACAAACUUGUAGGAGAAAUACCUGAGGAGCUAACUGCACUUUCUAUGUUGGUGGGUCUCAAUUUGUCUAAUAAUCAUCUCAGUGGGAGUAUUCCAGACAGCAUUGGAAACAUGUCAAAGUUAGAAUCUCUUGAUUUCUCAAAUAACGUGUUAAUCGGGAUGAUCCCUCCAAGCAUGGCGGCUUUAAACUUUUUGAGCCAUUUGAAUUUGUCACACAACAACUUGUCAGGACGAAUUCCAACAGGAAGUCAGUUGCAGACGUUUACUGAUCCAUCAAUAUAUGCUGGGAACAAAGAUCUGUGUGGACCACCAUUGCCAAACAAUUGCUACAAUCAUGAAGACCAGUCAACAAUGGGCAAGAAGAAAUACGGAGCACCUGAUGGGCAGGAGAAGGUAUGGUUGUUUUACGUGGACAUAUUGAGUGGUUUUGCAACAGGGUUUUGGGGUGUUAUUGGAGUUUUGUUGUUCAAGAAGCAGUGGAGAUGGAAGCUUUUCAGGUUUGCAGAUGAAACCAUGGACAAGAUGUACGUUGCAGUUAUGGUUAGAGUUGCCAAGAUGAAGAGAGGAAGAGAAGCCAUAUAG